AUUGUCGACGCGUCAGCUGCCAGUGGAAUUUAAAUACACACACGUACGUCCUCAACUAAAUUUCCCCUUCUCUCAGCAGUUUCAUCCUUUUACUUGACCGCACGAAACGCGCCGGUGCCAGCAGAGGGACGUCUCGAGACUCGAUGGUACCAGUUGUUUUUCGUUUGGUUCUCCCCUUGCAUGAAUAUCUUGGCGUGCGUCUUCACUUUUGUCUUGGUCCUCACGCCAUCCCCUGAAUAUCCAACACCUGCAGAUUCAGUGCCAUCGACCCGACACGGUCGCAUCCUCGACGGCUCUGUCUCCACCCCGAACCUUUCCGCCACAUCACACAGCAAGCAGCCUUCGCAACAGAGCACAAAAUCAACGCCACCAGUAUCAGGUGUCGAUCGCUGGCUAUCCCCCGAGACAUGGUGUGACGCGUUAUUCUUUCCACGUCCGUGCCUGAGGUCUGAGCGCGCACAUGGGCAAUACGGAGGAAGUAGCGGACGAAUCAUCAGUCCACCAAUCACACCUGUCGCUGAGGGUGCAUCACCGCGCCUCAGUCCUGCUAUACGUGGCGGGAGACCACAAGUGUUGUCAGCUACACAUGAUGUACGGAAGGAACACCAUGUUUUGUUGAAAUCCAGGUCGGCCGUUGAUAUCCUGUCUGGCCCCUCUAUAUCUGGCAGACCUCGUACUGCGUCUACGCCUCAACAACGCCCAGAUCCAGAUCCAGACCCAGUUCGGAACACAAGCCCCAAGGAAGAUGAAUCUGUACCGGGCCCAUCGACUGUGCAACAGGAACUCCGUCCGUCAGCCUCUGUGCCAUCGUUGACCCAAGUUCUUGAAGAAGGCGAGGUUCUAGAAGCACAACGAAAACGGUGGCAACACCAGGCGUCGCAUUCUUUUGGGAACAGCCGAACCCGCUCCCUCUCCCGCGCUCGUGCCAGGUCAUUGUCACGAAGUCAUAGUCGUCCUGGGCACAAGCAAGAGGGCAGCACAACCCUAGAAUAUCUGGCUGCAUGCACGCUCCUAGGAGCUCAGAGCAUUGCUCCCGCCGUCAACGCUGCAUCAUGCGCACCUUGCGGAGAUCUGAGUGAUUUACUCGGCACACCUGUUGACAAGAGACCAGCCCUGGGACCAGCGACAGAGGAAACCAACGUUAUUCAUUUGAGUGACCCUGCGGGUGGUUCGCACAACGGAGCUGGUGAGGAAAGCAUCAUCAUCAUAGGGAUUUCUCCAGCCCCUACUACAGCAAGCGGGGAAGGGCUAUGGAGGACGCUGAUAUGGGACGGCUUAUCUGAUGGUGGUUCGUAUCUCGAGCAAGCUGCUGGUAUGACGGUUGCGGAUCAGUCACCCAUCCUUGCGUGUCCACGGCUAGAACGACAACGGAAACUUGCAGAGGUGCUGCGCACACAGGCUGAAGCGGAGGAUCGGGGAGAGGAUGUGGAGCGGCAGAAGAAUUGGGAAUGGACGAUAGAAGAGAAUGAGGCGAGGAAGGCACGGAGAGCGGACUAUGAGUUUCAUGGUAGGGGAUUUUGUAGACGAUGCUCACGCGGCUCGACGGCGCUACAAGAACUCUCCGCUACCGCCUUCCCGACCAAGCAUCUUCAACACCCAACGCCGCCACCUCGAUCUCCACGGGACCCGCGCCCUUUUGCAGCGUUUCUUCGUCACGGAUGGCUCGCGUAG